GGAUCUCUCCCCAAGACACCAAGAAUGCUGUGGCAGAAUGUCCAUCACUUUGGCCAGAAGUUGGUACGCCGGCGGCCCCUGGCGAAAAACGAGCAGUCGGAGUCUCCCUUGUCCCGAUGUCUGAGCACGUUGGACCUGGUGUUCUUGGGCGUGGGCAGCACUCUGGGAGCAGGCGUGUAUGUCCUGGCUGGGGAGGUCGCCAGAGAAAAAGCUGGACCAUCCAUCAUCAUUUGCUUCUUAGUGGCUGCUCUGUCGUCAGUGCUGUCUGGACUCUGUUAUGCAGAGUUUGGGGCCAGGGUGCCGUGUUCGGGUUCCGCAUAUCUCUACAGCUAUGUCACAGUGGGCCAACUGUUGGCUUUUGUCACAGGCUGGAACCUCAUCCUCUCCUACGUCAUUGGUUCCGCCAGUGUAGCCCGGGCCUGGAGCGCAGCUUUUGACGGCCUCAUAGGGAACCGCAUCUCCCAAGCCCUGCAGACUGCCUUCCCCCUGCAAGUGCCCAGCUUCAUGGCCCAGUAUCCAGACUUUUUUGCCUUUGGCCUGGUGGUAAUCCUCACUGGAAUCCUGGCCCUGGGAGCCCGGGAGUCUGCCCUAGUCACCAGGGUUUUCACAGGAGUGAAUCUUUUGGUGUUGUGCUUUGUCUCCCUCUCUGGCUUCAUGAAGGGCAGUCUACACAACUGGCAGCUCACAGAGGAUGACUACAAGCUCGCCAUGGCAGAGUCCAACAGCACUGACAGCUUGGGUCCCCUGGGCGCUGGAGGAUUCGCGCCUUUUGGUUUGAGUGGGAUUCUCCGAGGAGCGGCAACGUGCUUCUUCGCCUUCAUUGGUUUCGACUGUAUUGCGACUACAGGGGAAGAGGUCCGCUCGCCCCAGCGCUCCAUCCCGCUGGGCAUCGUGGCCUCACUCUUCAUUUGCUUUCUGAUGUAUUUUGGUGUUUCCUCGGCACUCACCCUCAUGAUACCCUACUACCAGAUUGACAUUGACAGUCCCCUGCCCCAGGCGUUUAUCCACGUUGGAUGGGGUCCCGCCCAAUAUGCAGUGGCUGUGGGAACAUUAUGUGCCCUUUCAUCCAGCCUCCUAGGUGCCAUGUUCCCCGUGCCCCGGGUGGUCUACUCCAUGGCAGAGGAUGGGCUUCUGUUCCGGAUACUUGCCCAAGUACAUCCUCGAACACACACCCCUGUCCUGGCCACUGUCCUUUGUGGAACCAUCGCAGCUCUUAUGGCUUUCCUCGUUGAGCUCGGCGACCUGGUAGACCUCUCAUCCAUUGGGUCCCUGCUCGCCUACACCUUGGUGGCCUUCUCUGUUCUGGUCCUCAGGUACCAGUCAGACCAGAAUUUAAGCUCCUGUAAGAAGGAGGAAUCUGAGUGUGGAACUGUCAACAUGGAGCCUGCUCUUGAGCUUUCUUCAUCCAUGGAGCCUAUUUCUGCAGCAGGGACUCCAGGAAUUGCAAGGAGCCUCUGCUUCCUCACAGACACCGCCCCAACUCUGCGAUCUGGCUAUAUUGUCUACGGGUGUGCCUCCCUGCUUGUCCUCUUCCUGGUAUUCCUGUGCCUGAUCCUGACCCAAAAGCCAGAACAGCUAUUCUCUGGAGACCCGGUUUUGACAGCUGCGGCUGUUUUACUGUUUCUUCUCAUUGUCGGGGUGGUCACUGUCAUCUGGAGACAGCCUCAGAGUAGCACUCCUCUCCAAUUCAAGGUUCCAGCAGUGCCUCUGCUCCCUGUGCUGAGCAUCUUUGUGAAUGUCUACCUGAUGAUGCAAAUGACUGCCGGGACCUGGGCUCGAUUUGGAAUCUGGAUGGUGAUUGGAUUUGCUAUCUACUUUGGAUAUGGGAUCCGGCACAGCUUGGAAGAGAAGGAGGACCAGCAGCCAACAGCAACAGCCUCGAGCUCCCAGACUGUCCAGGAACAUACUUCCAGCAUUGAAUUAGCUUAGGUGCAGAAAGACCCCCAUGGGUGUCUGUGUGGAGUGGAGAGGCAGUACUUACUGGUCAUUGAACUCAGAGCCUUGUGCAUCUGAGGCAAGUCCUGUAGGUGUCUUCAGGUUAAAGAAAAGCUUGGAUAUUUGUGGGCUGGAGAAGGGACCUAUUUUUAAAGUGUUUUUAUUUGUGAGCAAAUUCCUUAUUUUAGUUUUCUUUUGCCCUGAAAUGGGACCCAUGGUUUUGCAUAUGCUAGGCAAGUGCUCUAUCGCUGAGCCACACCCCAAUCCCUUUAGUUAC